GAAUAUAUACUGAAAAUAUACUGAAUGCGAGUACGCGUUGACAAUAAAUCGAAAACUAUAGAGGUGCUACCGUUAAAAUCGUUAAAAGUCAAACCCAAACACACAGACAACGCGAAGACCACGAAGCAAGUGGAUAGUGGAGUAGGCAAAAGUGAAAGAGAAAAUAGAGAGAACGCGAAACGUAACGCAACAAGGCAAUAAACAGUGAGUAAAGCAACCGCUGAAACGACGUGCGACGCGUCGAAAUGUGAGUUCCUGCGUGUUUGUGUGUGUGUGUGUGCAUGUGUGUGUUGGUGCGCUGAAAGUGCAGCUGUCGCUUGAAACAAAUAAAACCGCUCAAUUUCCAUAUAAAAAGACAUUGCAAGACGCAGCUUGCCAGCAAUAUAUCAAUAAAUCGGUAGUGCGAGAAAACAGCGAAAACCGAAGGCGAGGAGCAAGCGCGACAAGAAAAAAUAAAAUGCAUGUAGAAUAAUUUUAACGCCCAAAAGUCUCCGGUCUGUCGGCGACGCUGACGCUGAUGUCGAUGCCAACGCCGACGCCGCUUGUUGAAACAAAUGCAUCGAAAUACGUGCAUUUCGGUGAAAAUUGAGUUGAAUUUGCACAAAUGCAGUGCUGAAAAAGUGAAACGAGAGAAUAAAAAACAAUAUUAAUGUGCAAAAUAUGCGGAAAACUGCUUUGAAAUGUGGAGAGCGCAGAACAGCGGUACACAAAAGAAGGAAAGAGAGAAGGGAGAAAAGGAAUGGAAUGAUGGCCGCUUAUACCUGCUCUGCUUCGAAAAAGAAACCGAAACCAGCCACCAAAAAUGUUUGAAACUGUUCUCGCCGCCUCCGUUUUGUGCCGCUCUUCUAAGAUAAAGAGCGCGCGACUCGAGAUAAAUGCGAAAAAUAUUGUAUCUCAAUGGCCGCGGUGUUUCCGAUGUGAAAAUUAAACGAAACCGUAUUCAUUAUUUUGUGUUUGUUCUGCUCAACAGAAAAGUGUGUAUUAAAAAACCUCAAUAGCCCCCACAUUACGACGAGAAAACUCAAACGACAAAACCAUAGUUGAAUUGAGUGAGAAUAAUAUAUAUAUAUAUAUAGAGAGAGAGAGUAAAUACACCGCUACAAUGUCGGAAGAAGUAGAUCGCAACGAUCCCGAGCUGAAAUACCUUUCGGUGGAACGGAACCAAUACAAUGAUCCGGCCACACAGGCGGAAUGGACACAGAAGCGCCUGGUCUGGGUGCCCCACGAGAAUCAGACCGUUUUCCACCGUCUACUUCGUCAGUUCGCCCUCGUCUGAACCGUCAGCUAGUGUUGGCUCGGUGCAGAUUAUAAAUGUUUAUAGAAUUUUAAUAAAAAAAUGGAAUACUUUGUUGAAUAAAAUAAAGAUAAAAAAGAAAUAGCAAGAGAGAAAUAAGAAGCAAAGGAGGCGAGGGAGAAUUGAUUCAAUAAAAAAAAAGGUACAGAGGAAGUGCACCAGACCACCGACUGUUUCGUCUACAAUCCGGCCUGUUGCCUCGACGCCUAUCCGGCUUCUGAAUGCUGCGAUGCCGAAAUUAAUAAAUGCAGUUGCUGAUUUACUAUGUAUAUAACAAGGUCGAAAUAAUUAUAGUCAUAAAAUCAAAAUCAAAAUCAACAGAAAUAAAAUGUAAAAACAUUUUGUUUAGCUUUAUAACAUUGUUAUUUAAAAAAAAAGCGCCGAUAAGUUGCGCUUAUCGCACAAAAGGAGGGAUUUUUCAUCGCAACACUGUCCAUUUCAUUACGUUUUAUUUCUGACCUUCUUUGCUCAAACCUUAUUUUAGGCACAAUAAAAUUAAAUUAUGCAUUUAAAGCUAGCUAAUCUUCUAGAAAAUUUAUUCAUCUAUCGGAUAAAAUUAUGUUUUGAGGACUGAAGGUCUUAGCUAAUCUUAAGUCGAAUUAAGUCAGCAUGAUUCGUGAUUAAAUAUAUUUAUAGCACUUUAGGUGAAAAAUAUCGUGGUCUUUUUUUAUAUAAAGAUGAAGAACCUGCAAGAGUAAAUAUUAUUUUUUGUCUAGUUCAAGUUAUUAUCAGUUUAAAUAAAGGGGGUUUAAGUGGGCUAAGUACGUUUUUUUAUCAGACGGUCAGACUUCUGCUCUCUUCUGAAACGAAAAAAUGAGUCGUUAUUUUUUAAUGGGCCUUAAAAACGGGUAUGGACAACAAACAAAAACAGCCAAGGCAAAUUGCAAGGUUCGUACGAACCUUACCUCGGCGUUGUUGACAAACAAUAUACCUUGAAGUCAAAAGGGUGACUUUAUCCUUUUAUCCUCUUUUUUCUCGUUUUUAUAAGCAAAAAUUCCAUGUAGGUAACAAAAGGGGUUGAUGAAUUAUUCGUCUAAUAAUUUUAAUGUGUCAUAUUGAUAAAUCGUUCACUCUUUCUUGCGACGAAAAAUUGAGUCGUAAUUUAAAAUGGGCUAUAAAAAAGGGUAAGGACAAGGGGCAAAAACAGCCAAGACAAAUGUCGAGGUUCGCGUGUGAUGAAAGUAUUAAGCAAAAGUGGAUUUCAGCUUGCAUGCGGUUGCAUUUUCAGGGCCGUUUUGCCUGCUGUUCAUACCCUUUUUUUUCUUCCAUUAUGUGUAUAUAUAUACUGAAUAUAUACUGAAAAUAUACUGAAUGCGAGUACGCGUUGACAAUAAAUCGAAAA